CCACCACGUCUGGCAUUAUUGGCUUGUUCCUUGUGCGAGUAGGACGAUUGACGCGGGUUAUUUCGCGAUCCCGGCGCCCGAGAUGCGGUCUUUUUACGCGUACUUCGCCCUGUUGGCGAUAUCGGCUGUAUGUGCUGAGGUCUACUUCGAAGAAAAGUUCCUCGACAACUCGUGGGAAAAAGAAUGGGUAUAUUCUGAACACCCCGGUAAGGAAUUUGGAAAGUUUGUACUUAGCCAUGGAAAGUUCUGGAAUGAUCCCGAAAAUGACAAAGGUAUACAGACGUCCCAGGAUGCAAGAUUUUAUGCGCUCAGUAGGAAAUUCACUCCAUUCAGCAACAAGGACAAACCACUGGUUGUUCAGUUCUCCGUUAAGCAUGAACAGAACAUCGACUGUGGAGGCGGAUAUGCCAAAGUGUUCGACUGCUCGUUAGAUCAGAAGGAUAUGCAUGGAGAAACCCCGUAUCUCCUCAUGUUCGGACCGGAUAUAUGUGGACCUGGCACAAAGAAGGUUCAUGUUAUAUUCAACUACAAAGGAAAGAACCUACUCAUCAGCAAAGACGUUCGCUGCAAGGACGAUGUCUACACUCAUCUUUACACACUGAUCGUCAAGCCAGACAAUACUUACGAGGUCCUUAUUGACAACGAAAAGGUUGAAUCCGGCGACUUGGAAGCUGAUUGGGAAUUCUUGCCCGCGAAAAAAAUCAAGGAUCCAAACACUAGCAAGCCCGAUGAUUGGGAUGAUAAGCCAACCAUCCCUGAUCCCGAUGACACGAAACCCGAGGACUGGGAUAAACCAGAACACAUUCCCGACCCCGAAGCCACGAAACCAGACGACUGGGACGAUGAGAUGGAUGGCGAAUGGGAAGCACCCAUGAUCGAUAACCCUGACUACAAGGGCGAAUGGAAACCCAAGCAAAUUGACAACCCUAACUACAAAGGACCGUGGAUUCAUCCCGAGAUUGAUAACCCUGAAUAUCAACCAGACCCUGAGCUCUACAAACGUGAUGAGAUCUGCGCCAUUGGUUUUGAUCUCUGGCAAGUCAAGGCCGGUACGAUCUUCGACAACGUUCUAAUCACCGACGAUCCUGAAUUGGCGCACAAAAUCGGGGAGGAAGUUUGGAAGCCUACUUUCGAAGGAGAAAAGAAGAUGAAGGAAGCCCAGGAUGAAGAAGAAAAGAAAGAGAGGGAAAAGGAACUCAAGGAAAGUGAAGACAAAGAGGAGGAUGAUGAAGACGAUGAAGAUGACGAUAACACCAUCCCUGACCCAGAAGAAGCAGAACACGACGAAUUGUAAAUAGUGUGUCAGGUGGCACAAACACAGACUGUAUUCCAGGAGCUGCUGCCUAGUUGUGCGACGCUACCAACUAUUGCAAGAGUGAAAAAGAGAAAGACAGCUGGAAUGAUACAUUACGAAAUGUUAUACAUCAGAUGCUUUCAAACAAUAAACAGUGUGUAAAUCAUACGUGCGGGCAAGAUAACGUUGAUAAAAUUUUAAAAACGUUACUGAUCUGCGCAAUUUCAUAACAGUCGAUCGCGAAACCGAGAAAACUAGUUGCUAUUAUUGAAAGGAUCACAAGUUUCUCUAAUUGUCGUAAUAAUAACUUCAAGUGAUUGAAGAAUCUCCAAAAAUCGUCGGAAAAAAAAUUAUUUAAAUCGCGACAAUUUUUAUUCUUGCCCCCGUGUCCACAUCAUCAGCUCCAAAAGACUAUGUUGUUCCGUUUUUGUUUGUCAAGUGUUUUUAUAUAUUAUAUUGUAUUAAAGUAAUUUUGAAAUUUACUUUGGAUGAUACAAGAAUUAUUAUUAUUAUUAUUUCAUUCUCCUUACAAGUACAGUGGGUACGCGUCGUAAUAAUGCGCUGCGACUUCUAAUAGUGGUUAUUAAAUAAUGAAAAAAGAAAAAAGUGAUGGGUGUGUGCAAAUCGUGAGUGAGUGAUAACAAUAGCUAAUAAUUGUAUCAAACCACCAAUAACCAUGUAAUAAAUAAAUAAGACUUUUCUAGA